AUGAGUUCCCACACUACCCAGUACGAAGCACUUGCAGACCAGAUUGAAUCCAUUCUGCGGGACCCAGAGGCUGCCAUCGCGCAGAUUGGCGAUGAAGUGACUUGCCGUCGAUUAAGCGAAGGGGGACGGAAACUCGCGGCUUUUUUGGAACAGCCCAAAGACACGUUGCGAAGAAUUGGUUACUCACAUCUCCAGUUACCUCUAGCUCUCGUCGGGGUGGAAUCCAAGUUGUUCUCCAUUUUGGCAGCCGACCCACGCCCUUGGAACAUUGCAGAGCUCACCGAGCGAACCGGCGUGGAUAAAAACCUCCUCACUCAACUUGACGACGAGACAUACCAGACCAACAACGUAACUCGGGCCCUGAGCAACGACGAUCAUGCAGAUUCUCUUCGAUGGACACGCAAAAUCACGGCCCAAGGUGCAUUGAACUUUCCAGACUGGCUCCAAUCGAACAAGUAUAAAGAUCCCGUUGGCAUGUUGCCCACAGCUUGGAGCAGCGCGGUUCAAACUGAUAAGCAUCCCUACGGAUGGUUGGCUGAAAAUUCUUGGGCAUUGAAGCUUGCGCAGACACACAUGAAUGUCCAACGGGAAGGGAGGCCAUUGUUCUUCGACGCCCUGGACUUCCAAAAGCGCUUCGCAAAAGACACAACCAGCUCAACGGUUCUUUUCGUUGAUGUUGGUGGCUCCAUAGGACUUCAAUCUCGUACUCUGCGGCGGCGGUUUCCGGAUCUCCCUGGAAGGGUCAUUCUUCAAGAUCGACCAGAGAUCAUACAGCAGGCAAAAGCCGACCUCGCGUCUGCCAAAGUCGAGGCAGAGAUAUAUGAUAUUUUCACGCCACAGCCCAUCAAAGGCGCCAGAGCUUACUAUCUUCGGAACAUUUUUCAUGCUUGGGGGGAUGCCACUUGCAGAGAGAUAUUGCUCAAUGCUAAAGCCGGCCUGACCGACGGUUCAGUGAUUUUGAUUGACGAAAUCGUGCUACCAGAGCGAGACGCUACAACUCAAGGGGCUCAGCUUGAUAUAGAAGUGAUGAUAUGCGUAGGUGGUAUAGAACGCACAAAGGCUCAGUGGGAAAAUCUACUAAAUAGCGCCGGACUACAAAUGCUUGAACUGGUCAAUUAUGACAAGGAUUUUGAAGAUUGUGUGAUCAUUGCAGGUCUUCAUUAG